AGCGGCAGUAAUCAUUGAUCAUUGUUGAGCCUGAUGACCCCCGCGUCCUGGAUCUGGGGAGGUCCCGCCCAAGAUUCGGCACUUUUAACUUCUACCGUAUCUGCGUAUCAGAGUGUCCCUCUUUUCCACCAGUUCUCCAAGGGCGCUUCUCUCCUGACUAGUCCUGAAGGCGCAGUUUCUGUCUGAUACUGCAUCCCUACUCCCCAAUUUCGAACUGUCGUGGCCUUUCCUGGGCUGUGCUGCGGAUGUCCCGGGAGAGAAAGGACACGAAACUCCAGGGAAUCAGGCUCCGCAAGCGACAUGAGUAGGAACUUGAGCUGGUCUGAGCAGCCCCACGAGCUUCUCAGUGCUGCUGCUGGAAAUGUGGCCCUAAUUAAGUGUCAAACCAGAAGAAAAGUAAGAAUCAACAAAAAUUUAUUAUGUAUGGAGUUUCUUCUUAAAAGAAGAAAAAGUGAUUGAGACUAUGGAUCGGAGCAAACGGAAUUCAUUUGCAGGAUUUCCUCCACGUGUGGAGCGUCUUGAAGAUCUUGAAGGAGGUGGUGGAGGCGAUGGUAACAUCACCCAAGGGCAAAGAGUUUCCACUUCAUAUCGAGCCCUUAUAAGUGCCUUUUCCAGACUGACGCGAUUAGAUGACUUCACAUGUGAAAAAAUAGGAUCUGGCUUUUACUCUGACGUGUUCAAAGUGCGCCACCGAGCUUCUGGUCAGGUGAUGGCUCUUAAAAUGAACACACUAAACAGUAACCGAGCAAAUAUGCUGAAAGAAGUGCAGCUCAUGAAAAGACUGUCCCACCCCAACAUCCUUAGGUUCAUGGGUGUGUGUGUCCAUCAAGGACAAUUGCAUGCACUUACAGAGUAUAUCGACUUUGGGAACCUGGAACAAUUGCUAGACAGUAACCUGCAUUUGACCUGGACUGUGAGGGUGAAACUGGCCUAUGACAUAGCAAAGGGCAUCAGAUACCUUCACAAGAAAGGCAUUUUCCAUCGGGACCUCACAUCUAAGAACUGCCUGAUAAAGAAGAAUGAGACUGGUUACUCUGCAGUGAUAGCUGACUUUGGCCUGGCUGAGAAAAUCCCUGAUGUCAGCAUGGGGAGUGAGAAGCUGGCUGUGGUGGGCUCACCCUUCUGGAUGGCACCUGAGGUUCUCCGAAAUGAGCCCUACAACGAGAAGGCGGACGUGUUCUCUUAUGGUAUCAUCCUCUGUGAGAUCAUCGCCCGCAUCCAGGCUGAUCCGGACUAUCUUCCCCGCACAGAGAACUUCGGGUUGGACUAUGAUGCUUUCCAGGACAUGGUGGGAGACUGUCCCCCAGAAUUUCUGCAGCUCACCUUCAACUGUUGCAAUAUGGACCCCAAACUGCGCCCACCCUUCGUGGAGAUUGAGAUGACCUUGGAGCAAAUUCACAGCUGCCUACAGAAGGAAGAGCUGGAGAGGGAAAGAAAGCAACAGGUCAAGGGACUGCUGGAGAAAGGACCUGGGGUGAAGCGACUGAGCUCACUGGAUGACAAGAUCCCACCCAAGUCUCCAUGCCCGAGGCGUUUCAUAGGGCUGUCUCGAAGCCAGUCAGACAUCUUCUCCCAUAAGCCUCCACAUACAGUGAAUGUCUCAGACCCCUACUACCAGCCACAACAAGGUAGUACUACCCACACCCCCAAAAUCAACCCCUUCAGCACUCGCCAGGACCUCAAGUGUGGCAAGACCAAGUUAUUUGAUCAACCCAGCAAAUCUUUCUUCUCCUUGGUAUUUGACCUGGAUGCACCGAGGCCUGGAAUCAUGCCACGGAAGCACUGGCAGGAGCCCUUGACCCCGCUUGCUCGCCGGUGGCGUUCUUUGCCUGGUUUACCAGAGUUCUUUCAUCAAGAGGCAUAUCCAUUUGUGGGCCAAGACUCACUUUCAGACGGCCCCCCACCACUUCUCAGUAGUCUCAAGUACAGAGUAAAAGAGAUCCCACCAUUCCGAGCAUCUGCCUUAUCAGCUCCUCUAGCCCAUGAGGCCAUGGACUGCUCCAGUCCCCAAGAAGAAAACGGUUUUGAGCCCAGGCCCAAAGGGGCCAGUCCAUGUCUUCAAGGUACCUCUGAGGAGAUGGAGGUAGAAGAAAGAAGGCCAAGAAGCUUGGCUCCAAUCCCUUUCUCUGUCUCAGGCAAAGGCCUGAAAACACAAGGACAGCAGGAUGGGUGAUGGGGUUUAAUUCUGGCCUCACCACAGGGCCCUCUUGGGGCAGUGUUGACUUCCCUGGAGCCCAAAGCAGCCAAGCCAGACUUAACCUUGAGGUUCCCAGUACCCACUGUGUAUGAGAGGGGAUGCAGAAGUGAGAGGACUUCCUAGCUAGGGCCAAAAGCUGAUACCAAGCCUCCGAAAUAUAAAAGGAGCUCCGGCUCCCACCUGAGCUCCCAAUGCACUUCCCCAGACAGGACCAGAGGAUUCCUAGUUCUAGUUCAUGCUGGCAGGCAGCUAUUACCCCAGGUCUUCUCCUGCCCCUGUUGUGUCUCUUGCCCUUUCCUAGGGUAUAUAAGCUACUAGAUGGAACCUGGAACUGACCAGGAAGCCACAAAGGCAUGAUAAAUUCUCAGACCUGAAGACUACUUGCCAGUAUGUCUAAGACACUUGAAUAAUUGUUAUUUGCACUUACUGCAUGGUCAGACCACAUCACUACAUUUCUAUGCAAGAAGAAGGCAAGGCAGUGUGGUGGUCCUGGCUCUUAGCUAACAUAUUCAAAGAUAUUUUCCAAUUGAUUAAUCUAUUUUCUUAUUUAUGAAGGCAUCUUAAAAGUUCUGCCCCAUAAAACUUUCAAUUUUGUAGUUGAGAGUGGGGCUGGUUUUGUAGGCCCUAGGGCCUGCUUUAUAUAUUUGUCAACAUGUGAUACAACCAGCUGGUUAGAUGGUUUAUAUAUGGACUGAUUUUCUUCCCUUCGUGCUAUGGCUGCAGCUAUGAGACAUUCUGUCCGUAGAAAGUCACAAUAAGAAAUAACCAAAGAUGAAGCUGGUCAAAUAUUUUCAUAACUUGUUUCUGUUGAUUUUUUUUUUUUUUUGCUAAAACUUUCCCAAGUCACUUUCAGAUUUAAAAAUAAAGUUGGUGUUACAGGUAUUGGUCAUCCUUCU